CUUGAUUCCACGGUUUUUACUGUUUUUUUCCCGCUUGCUCCUUUUUGUUGAACACCUCUGUCAUUGUCUGUGGAUAUUUAGAAGAUACAGCUAGAGACAGAGAAAUAGAAAAAUAUCUGCUUGGGGUUUUUUCAUGUUGGUGACCUGCAGGGCAUCAUGUCUGACUUGAGGUGAGGGCUACAAAUAUCACAACAGAAAACCACACAGUUUCUUCCUUUCCUAUAGAUCUGCAAAGAUCCAUGCUGUAUCCAGUGGUAUUUUGGCUGACAGAGUGAGUUCAGCAAGCAGUUGCAGAGGUUUCCAGAAAAAGUUGAGAAUGCAGGGCUUCGUGCUGCACUUCAUCUCAAGCCUGCCUGCAUGCUUGGUUUGUGUCCGAGCCUGCAGGUUUAUUCGUCUUUCAGCCUAAUUCUUCUUCCACAGUGAGAUCAGUCGUGUCGUGCUGGUGUCAGCAAGAUCCAGUUUUGAAAAGAGCUGAAGCUAUCGAAUACGGUUCCAACAAACCUCCCGAGCUUCCAGGACUGCAGCAUGGCCCAUGCCUCAUUUUUGCUGAUCUCUUCAAGCUUGGGACCUGAUUAAGCACAGACCUGAGUGAGAAGCAGCCCCUCUCCUGGAUGCCACCAUGAGACAAGUGUCCCUGGUGCUGUUCCUCACCUUCACUCUGCUGCCUUUCACUGCUGGCCACAUCCUACCAGGAUUAUCAGAGGAGAGGAGCAGGGAGCAGAAAGUAUGGGUCAGAGAGGGGAGUUCAGCCCUGCUGCCCUGCCACUUGAGCCCCAGAAAGACGAGGGAGACUUCAAAGCAGCUGCCUGACAAGAUAUCUGUGCUGUGGAGGCGGCAUGGGGGAAGUGUGCACCAGGAGCCGCACGUGGUGCUGGAACUGGGGUACUCGGGCCUCCAGAAGACAGCACUGCGCAUGAAGCCCCGGGUGUCGCUCCAGGACUCCACCUUGCGCAAUGGCAAUUUCUCCCUGCGGAUCGUCCCCGUCCGGAGUGAGGACGUUGGGCUGUAUGAGGCACAGGUCAAAUUCAAGACAGAGGUCCACAGCUGCCACGUGGAGCUGGGCGUGAUCACAGUAACCCUCAGCCCACCCAGUCCUGUGAUAGAAAAUGAGCUGCUCUUGAUGAGCUGCAACUCCAGCCAUCGGGCCAGCCUUGUGGAGACAUGCUGGUCCCACAACAAGCACCUGGGCCCUACCUCCAGGACCUUCUGCUCCUUGUCCGGGACUCUCUCCGUCCUCCGUCCAGCCAUGCGUGAUGCGGGCUCCUGGCGCUGCCAACUUCGGUAUUCUGACAAGGAGAUAAUUUCUACCACAUUCAACCUGCAGAUUCUAGGUUUUGACGGCCCAACCAACCCUGUGGUCUAUGCAGCAGCUGGCUCUGCAGCCGAUCUACCGUGCAGUCUGAGCUACCUUCCCAGCGCCUUUGGGAUGAGUGUGGUGGCAGCCCACUGGAGCCACCUUGCAGGAGGACAUUUGCAAGACUGGGGCAUCUCCCCGAAUGCGAGCAGCAGAAGCUUCCCUCUGCAUCUCCCCACGGUGGGGCCAGGCGAUGCGGGGCAGUACCGCUGCACUGUCUCUGUGGGACGCAGGACAAUCAGUAGGAACGUGACCCUGGCUGUGGUUACAGUGACUCCGAGCAUCCAAGGACCGGUUUCUGAGGGCAAUCGUUUGCUGCUCAUCUGCAGCCUCACGCACUCCCAGGGACACGAGAGUUUCCAGUGGAGGCACCUUGAUUCAGCCCCCAUUAAGAGCCAGCUGGCUGUGCCUUCUCCCCGUAACUUGGAGGGUCGCGGCUCCUGGAUGGGACCUACCUUGGAGAUACCCCAAGUGUCACAAAAGGACAUGGGCACCUGGGAAUGCAGUGUGCAUGGCCCAGAAGGAAGACUGGGAGCAGUGGAGUAUGACCUGCAGAUCACAGGUGCCCAGGUCUCCAGCGCUCCCUCUCUCUUAAGUGGGCAGGUUACUUUUGGGCUCACACUCACCCUCUUCCUCCUGCUCGCCGCUUGUGUUGUGGCUCUGGCCCUGCAAAAAAGGGCACGGACUCCUGCCUUCCCAGCUCUGGAAGGGAUGUUUGCAGUCAAUGUGCCAGGGAAGUCCAUGGAGGCAAACCAGAAAGGGAAGAUCCAGCAAACGGAGUGCUGAUGGAAGCAGGGGCAUCUGGGCUAUUCUGCACGGGAGGAUGAAACUCUGUGUGCCGCGCAGCGAGAGAUGGGCGCCUCUCAGGAGGGACUAGGGACGGCAUGAGCAGUGCAGGGGACCUUGGGAGCUCUGUACCUGCAGAGGGGCUGGAAGCUGCAGCCAGGGCAAGGCAGACUCACCACUGCAGUCAGGUGGCCAGCAGCAGAGAUGCUUUGGAGCUAUUGGGAGUAUUUGAGCCAGUAGUUACCGCCUGCUUCGGUGCCACAUCUCUGUCCCAAUCUUUGCCCCUCCUUCAUGGCCUCUCUCUCUGGCUUUCUCUGGUGGAACACUUCGAUGCAGGACAUGGCUGGAAUCCAUCUCCCCUGCAGUCUGACAAUGUUCUUCCCCCCAUGCUCACUCUCUUCUUCUCUCACUCUCCCUGCACUGCCCUGCUCACUGCCCUGUUGCACAUUUUGAGCAUUUUAACUUAUUAGAAACUUAUU